AUGGCGGACCCUCACGUCAACGCGGCCUCAAACGCACUUGAAGUGAUUGCAGGCGUCGAGGCUUGGGCGGAACCCCGGUGGUGCAAGGUUGUCAGCGGCGGCAGCGGCGGCAGGGACAGGGACGACGGGGGCGACGGCGGCAGCGGUGUCGCAGGCAGCGACCGCUCCGGCGCAGGGGAGGCAAGCGCCGGCGAGGACAGGGGCAGCAGGGACCGCGGUUCGCGCGUGUCCAUGCAUGAUCUGAGUGCUGAUGAGGAGGUCCCACCUGCGCUGAUAGAGAUUGGGAAGGAGAAGCUUGAGGCGAUGCUGCGCAACGUUGCACUCGGGACGGCCGCUGGCGACCCCAAGGCGGCGGUGGUGGAAGCCGAGGCACGCGCUGCGCUGGUUGUGUUGCCGCCAGGCGCAGGCGCGGAGGGCGGCGCAUGCACGGCCUGCUGCUGA